GCAGGAUCAAAGCUUGCAGUCUACAUUGAAGUGUUGAAUUGCGCACCUCUAGAGCUGCACCUCUCGGUUCCUGCCAGUGCUACAUCGCAUUUGCGAGCCCCUUGCUGCCACCUUGCUGCAGCUGAGUCCCAUGGCGGCUGCAGCUGCAGUCUGCCGCAUUCCGGCCACAUUGAAUUCGUGCAAUUCUGCGGCAACAGCGAGUUCCACGUCAUCUCGGCAGGCUUCUAGCUACCAACGGUGCUCACUUCUUCCUCAACUGCCCCGCAAGUUCCAGGCCCAAACUGCCAGGAAUAGAUGCACGCAUCACAAACAUUUUGGUGUUGCUCGACGAUAUGGCCGAUCAGUUCGGGCGAUGUCUGAGGAGGACACCACAGGCCCUCCAGCGGAAUCCACGAGCAAAACGGCAGAAGAACUAGCGGCGUUAGAAAAGGCACUUGGCAAAGACAAGGUCUCGACCAAAGUCAGGCGGAGGCGGCGGCAAUCAACCCCAGAAAGGGCGAAGCCUUCGAAACCUGUGCAGACUGUAAAGAAAGAGCCGUCAUGGGACGAGAUGAGUCCGGUGAGAAAAGUACAGGAACUCCUGUAUGGCGAGAAAGGGUUUCUCUUUUGGCUGAAUAAACUUGCAUAUGCUGCAAUUUUCGGGUUGAUAGGGCUUUGGAUUCUGUUCCGGUUUGUGGGACCAGCGCUAGGACUCUAUGACUUGGUGAACCCGCUCGAUGUCCCACAAUAAAUCACCUUACCUGAACGCAUGCAAAGGUCAAGUUUGUCAAUACGGACGCUCAUUGCCAUACCCGAUUUUCGUUUGCUAUACCUAGUUCUGGAUGUGAAUCUCAAGAAACAACUGAUCAAUUGGUCAAGCAUGGUACUCAAUUGACAAACAAGGUCGUUCUUUCGAGAGAUUGCUCUCAGUCCUUCCGUCCUCAGCUUGCAUCAACCAGUUCGUAUACACGUCUUUA